CCGAUGCUUACAAACCUUCACCCGCCUUCAACCGUAAACACUACUGUCAGAUGUUCAGCUUCUACUUCAUAAAAGUCUGAAGCAGUAACGUUAGAAACGUAAAGUUAUUUGAUAUUGUUUAUGUCUUAGGGUUGUUCUGUCUCUCCUUACAUUAAUGUCACCUCGUUAAUUUAAGUUAAACCUAGUUUAACUUAACGUUAUAUUAACUUUAUACACAAUGCUAUGCUGUCGCGAUGUUUAAUUGCUGAGAUAUGUCGGUUGUAAGCUUACAGUUAGGUCAGUGUGGAAACCAAAUAGGACACGAGCUAUUCAGUGUCAUAAGCGAUGAUUCUAAUGGACCAAACAGAAAGAAGUACAAGCAAUGCAGCGACGAGAGAUUCUUCUAUCAAAACUCCGCUGGAGAGCUCGUGGCACGGUCAGUACUUGUUGAUAUGGAGCCCAAAGUUAUCUCACAGGCCCUAGCCAAGGCUUCAAAAUCUGGAAGAUGGAGAUAUGGAGACAAAGCACAUUUCUCCCAGAAGCAGGGCUCUGGAAACAACUGGGCUAAUGGGUUCUGUGUUCAUGGUCCUCGUCACAAGGAGGAUGUGGAGGAUCUAGUGCGGAUGGAGGUGGAGCGCUGUGAUCGUCUGGCCGGGAUCUUCACCAUGAUGAGUGUUGCAGGCGGCACUGGCUCUGGUGUGGGCACCUACAUCACUCAACGUCUGAGGGAUCUUUACCCACAGUCCUUCAUCUUAAAUCAAGUGACCUGGCCGUAUGGAGCUGGUGAGCUCUCUGAUGCUAUUCUGGUUCAUGAGAAUGACACGGUGCACAAAAUCUGCAGCCAGCUGAUGAACAUCAAGCACAUCUCCAUCAGUGACAUAAAUAAAGUUAUCUCUCACCAACUGGCCAGCGUCCUUCAGCCCGUUUACACCGCUCAUUCACCCGACUAUUACAGCAGGAACCCCAUAGGGGAAUUGCUUACCUCCUUGGUGUGUCACCCAGAGUACAAACUGCUCAGCUUGUGUAACAUUCCUCAAAUGUCUAGCACGUCACUGGCCUAUAGUGUGUUUAACUGGCCUGGUUUGCUCAAGCAUCUGCGUCAGAUGCUAAUUGCUAGUGCUAGGAUGGAGGAAGGGAUUGACUGGACGGUGAAUGUCCCAUCAGUGGUCCUAUCUGGAGCAGAGAGUGUGACAAACAUCAGGCAUAAAAGUUUCAAUUCGUCACUGGCUAAUCUUUUAAUACUUAGAGGGAAAGACGUGUCUACUGCAGUUACAGAUGGAUUUAAGGAUCCCUUGUUAUAUGUGCCGUGGCUUAAAGCAGAGAAUAGUUUCAGCACAUGGAGCUCGCCUAUACCGUUCAAUGGAUAUGAGAAGUCGGCCACUUUGGUCAGUAACAGCCAGUCGCUUCUGAAACCCCUGGACAAUAUAGUUAGAAAGGCUUGGAACAUGUUUGCUUCAAGGGCCUAUAUUCACCAGUAUACAAAGUUUGGAAUCUCGGAGGAGGAUUUUCUGGACAGUUUUACGGCACUAGAACAGAUCAUCUCCAGCUACACACAUCUUUGACAUCAUAAAGACUGAAAAAGCUACUUUUGCAUGAUGCCAAAUGAGUGGCCUCUGCAGCAGUUGUAUUUAUAAUUAUAAGAUGGGUAAAUUCAUCUUUUUGUGUUAAGAUAUUUAUUUUGUUGUUAAAAAUUAUACAUUCGAAUGGAAAUGAAAUCAGCAAAGUAAUUAUGAUUUCUGUUCACUUCCCCCACCCCCAGACAUGCACAAAUGCUCAUUGUGCAUCAUGUCCGCAGUGGUGAGGCUAAACAUCCUCGCUCAGUCAAAUAAGUUAGGAAAAUGAUUUUAUUUUGGGAGAGAAAAAAAAAAUACUGCAUGUUAAAUGGGACGAGUGUAAGGCGUAUGAACAUGAUUUAAUACUAGAGUACCCGCGGGGUCCUAAAAGCAUUGAAAUAGUCUUAAAUUUGAUCAUCUCAAAUUAAGGCCUUGAAUAUGGUUUACAAAGUCCUUAAUUUCAUUAAAAAGGUCUUAUUUUAUUCAUUUAUUUUUGCCUUUCCUAGGAUUAAGUACAUACCAUAACAAAAUGAACUGUUACUAAUGUAGGCUAAUUAAAAAUUCAUGCACGUCAUAGCAGAAAGUG